UUAGAUUGAUUUGAUCUAUCGACUAAAUCUCAAAUCGGUGUGACUAUCAUCAAUCAAUCCCAGAAAAUCAAAGUGAUCACAAUUUGAAUCAUUUGAUUGUUAUGGAUAUUUUGAUUAUAUUCAUCAACAUAUUAGCCGUUUUCGCAUCCAUUUGUAAUUGCUAUGAUAAUAAUGAUGAUCCAUCAAUCAUCAAUGAAUAUUUCAACAGUGAAUCGUUCGAUGAUGAAUCAACUAGUGAUUAUACAACGUCAUCAAUAUUCAUAUCAUCUAUAUCAACAACAAAGCCUGAACAAGAAUCGAAAUCUUUUUGGACAUCAUCAUUGAUCUCAUUAUUUGAAUCAAUAUUACAAUCUUUCGAUAAGAAAACAACCAAUCAUUUGGAUCCACUUCUACAAAAACUAGAACCUGGUAGUAAUAAUAUCAUCCAACCACAGAAGCCACAUACAGAAAUUGAUUCGGAUUCGAUUAAAUUUUCUACCAUAUCAACAACAACCGAUGUGGACAUAAUUAGUGAUUAUGAUGAAGAGGAUCGGAAAUUUUUCGAAUACAAUCUAUCCAAUAAUGAGAAUAAUUCAGAUGAACAUUCUGACAACAAAACCGAUAAUGGAAACGUGACUAAUAUGGGCGAAUGUGAAACAAUCAACGGUACAAUGGGUGAAUGUCGUGCCCCUCCUGUUUGCAUGAAACGUGAACCAAAACGAAGUGCAUUCAGCCUAUGUUCAUGGUCACAUCAUCCAUUGACUGGUGCACGAUUACCGGUUAAACUUUGUUGUGAAAAACGGCAAUCAUCCACGACUAAAGAUCUUACAAACGAAGCUGAUGUUGAAAAACAAUGGCAAAAACAACUUGAACUUGGUUUCGGCAAUAAUGAACAAUCAUCGAUGGGUCUAUUUUGGAACCUGGCUCCACAUCCAAUGACGCUCAUACAAAAUUCCCUAAUCGCUCACCAUCAUUUUCAACAACAGUUUCUUCCACAGCAACAUUCAAUGCAACGUAAAUGUGGACAAACAAUGUUUCAUCGAAAUCAUCGACGAGAGAAAUUCAUGCGUUAUAUUUAUGAAAUACCUGAUCGGCGUACGGUGGACCUAGAAUCAGAUGACCAAUUUUAUUUGUUCUUGAAUCAAACAUCAAAAAUUAGGACUCACCGAACACAUUCACCGCGAAUAGUAUCCGGUGUAUCGGUUGCAAACGGUGAGAUACCAUGGAUUGUUUCAAUUUAUCUACGUGAUACGUUCACAUGUGGUGGAUCAUUGAUUUCCGAUCGUUUCGUGUUGACCGCUGCACAUUGUUUCACCAAUGCAAAGUUAUCCGAUUGGUUCUAUAUUCGAUACGGUAGUAACGUUGUACAUGAAGGACCGGCUGUUCCGGUCAAACGUGUCAUUCUACAUCCGGGCUAUAAACCACCGAUUAUUUAUCAUGAUAUUGCUUUGCUUGAAUUGACACAUCCAAUUCAAUUUAGCCGUUAUGUUCAGCCGAUAUGUUUGGCUACGUCUCGAAUGUAUGCUCACAAUAUGGUCGGUAUGAAAGCGACCGUAUCUGGUUAUGGUGAUUCUGACUUUGAAGGAAAACAAUCCGAUUUUCUUCAGGCUGUCGAUAUCAAAGUGAUAGAGAAUCAAUUCUGUGAUAAACAUUAUCGUCGUUUGGCACAAGCGGAUAAAAAAUUCCGUUAUGGUAUUGGACGUACAUUAAUCUGUGCCGGUUAUGAACAAGGCGUAAAGGAUGCAUGUCAAGGUGAUUCAGGAGGUCCAUUAACAUUAGAAAUAGCCGGUAUUAAUUAUCAGGUUGGUAUUGUAUCAUUUGGUUAUCGGUGUGCACAGCCCGAUUUUCCCGGUAUCUAUACAGCCGUAUCACAUUAUCGACAAUGGAUAAUGAAUCAUUUACAACAACAAACAGCAUAGAUUUUAGUUGAUGAUUUUUAAUAAUAAUGUGGAAAAAAAAUUCAGAAAUUUUUAUUUACAAUGUAAUUCGUUUUUGUUUUGUUACUAAAAUUGAUUUCAAAUACAAUCCAAUAAAUGAUUAUAUAAUGUU